CACGUUUCACAGUGCUGUUGUUGCUACCACAACGUAUAUGAGUGCGUCUGCCGGUCCGUCUAGUGCAUCGAAAAGUCGGCGCCCAUCGUCGCCUGUCAAACUACAAAAACCGUCGGGCAUUGUCAGUCCGUCCAAAGCGCUUAGCCCUCGACUCAGCUCGCCGUCCCCAGUAAAACGGCCUGGGUUCGGCAGCUCUACCGUCAAACCAUGCCUCUCCCCCCGGCCCUCCUCCUCCACCCCAGCGCCUCCCAAGACUCUAGCGACCAAAAAAGCAAAUAAGGUUGCAGAAUGCAAACCAAGCCUUGUUCCUCCACCGCCUGGGCCCACCUCAAUUCAUACGUCGUCCCCGCAAAGGAACAUAGACACAAACAUCCCCCCGCCACAAGGCGGCAUCAAGAAGCCAACGAUAACGCCUCCGCACUACCUUCAAACCACCAGGGCAUCCAUAGUCCAUAGCACUCAGCCCAAGGAAGGGAAAGCAUCGGGGUUGAAGAAACCAUCUCCGUCCAAGCUCUCAAGCGCUCCAGCCUCGUCGUCCCCUCGUCCCAUCGAUGCCACCGUCUUGACUUUGCAAGCCACGUUGUCCGAGCACAUUUCGCAGCAAACGUGCGACUUGCAGGCCCAACUCGAUGGUGCCAACACCGAGUGUUCGGCGCUUACAAUCAAACUGGACAACGCCCUCCUCGCCGUCCAAGAGCUAGAAGAUCAAAUGACCCAAAAAGACGUGGCCAUCGCGGAUUUGACGAAAGCGUGCGCCCGAUACAAGUCGGACUGUGAAUCGUUUGCCGCCAAAGCCCUCGAGUGGAAACAAAAGCACGACGACGCGAUGGCAGGGCAUGCCGCCCAAGGCCGAAGGGUGGCGGCCGCCAAGACUCGUGCGUUGGAGAAGCGCAUGACAUACGUUGCGGAAGAGAUGGCGAAUUCGGGGGACCGUGCAGGAAUGACCAUGGACUACUCCAUCUACGUCGUGCCCGAAGGGGAUGAGGACGAAGCCAACGUUGAACGGUGCGAAUCAAUCCUGUCCAACCUCCAGAAAGAGCUCAAGAAGUUCCAAGACCAACUCAAGGGCGAAAGCUUGUUGCAAGACGAGGUGGUGCACUGGAAGGCAAGUGCCGUGGCGGCGCAGCGGCAAGUCGACGACAUGACGUCCAAGUUGAACGAGGUGUCGAAAAGCCACAGCGAAGUGUCGGUCGAUGCAGGGGAGACAGCCGCGCUCUUGGAAGAAACCGUGGCCGACCUCGCUGCGCAGACCCACGCGUUCGACCGGCAGUGCAUGGUGGGUGAAGACACCACGGAGAAACUUCGUUGUCUGGUCCUCGUGGUGGACAAACUUCGCUUUGACAAGCAAUUGCUCGCAGAACGAUACGGGGCGUUGCAAACGGCCCAGUUGGAAUCGCAGCAACGUCUGGACGAACUGGACGAAACGAAGGCCCGGAUGAAAGAGAAAACGGUGUCGCUCAAGGCGAAGUUGGCAGAAGCCACCAGUGACCAGCGACGACGCAAUUCCGAGGACUUAGGCAAUUUGGAUCUCUCCAUCGCCCACGCGGCGCUCCAAACCGAGUGCAUACGGCUGCAGAAAACUACCGAAGAGCAGCACUGGUUCACGUCGUCACAAGCGUUGGCUAUCGACGUGCUCCGAGGUCAACUCGAUCACGCGCUGAAUGCCUUUCACAUUCUGGACACGGAACAGAAGCAACCCGUGACGUGUCCCAGCCCAACUCGGCAGUUUGGUUCGUUGCAAUUUGCCUUGUACGAGACUGCCAUCCAAGCAUACAUGGAUGAAAUCAAAGUCCUGCGCGACGAGAAGCGAGUAGCAGCUGAAUCCGACGAUGAAGAAAAACAAGGAGCCACCAAGAUGACCGCAGAGUUCGUGGAGUGGACACGAGAACGGCAAACGUUGCUCGAACAAGUUGAAACGCUGACCCAGCAAGGUGUAGACACCAGAGCGCAAGUGAAAGCCCACGUAGCGCUAGUUGUCGACUUGGAAGGCCAACUAACUAGUCAACGUCAAGAAUUCGAGGCGGUUCAAAGGGCACUGGAAGUGGAAACCCUCAAAAGCGAGACCACCAAGGCGCAGUUGGUGACGACGACGAGCUUAACGCACGAACUAGCCGCCCAAGUGAAGCAAUUCCCGGGUCGCGAGGAGAAAUUCCGGUCGGUGAUCUCCCAGCUCCAAGCGCAAGAGACUGCAAAUGAGUCGAAAGUGGCCGAACUCGAAAGCACUGUGGACACAUUGACACAAACGGUGCUUGUAUUGCAAGGGGAGGCGGAGGCGUCACUGGGCGAGAUCUCGGCGCUGUUGGCGCAACAAAAAUCCAUGCACGCAGCCCUCGCCCAGCGCAACGUGGAAGCCACUACGUUGCAGGACCAGGUGCAAUCGCUGCAAACCGGUACCACGCGGCUGCAAACCAUCAUGGAGCAGGACAAGGAAGAUUUGAUCGACGGGUACGUCGAAGAAGUCAAACACCUUCAGAAACGCGUGCUCGGCUUGACCAAGCGCUGCGAAGACAGCUCGAGCCUGCUCGAGUCCAUGCAAUCCGAGCGCGACGCUGCAUUAACCAAGCUAAGGGCGAUGGAAGCCACGACAAAAACAACCAAUGCCGAGAAUCAAGGGGAUAAAAGCGCCCUGCAAGUACAGCUUGACGCUUUGGAACGGGCGGUGGAGGCCAAGACCAAAGAGGUCGGCCAAUGGCAGCAGAAAGCCGCCGAGCUAGACGGGAUUGUGGCCCAGUUGCAAGCGGAAAAAGCGCAAUACAAGACUGAAGUGCAUGCAAUUGAAGCGAUUUUGCAUGAAAACAGCCCCCUUCAACUGACCGUCGACGCCCUUCAAAACACCGCCAAGACAUCAAAGUCCCCGAAGUCCCCCUCCAAACAUGGCAAGAACCACAUUCCAUCGAACGGGAGCCCCCACGCAAAGGAAGAAUUGAAGAAACUUCGACAGCGAGUCAAGGAGCUCGAGCUCGAGAAGGAAUUGCUCGUGGCUGAAGUGGAGCAAGCCAAGCUUUCAAAAGCCAAGGACAGCAACGUGGCUUUCUAUGUCGCCCAAGUCGACGGGCUCGAAGAAAAACUGUCCGAGCAGACGGCUAUGUACUUAGCCAGUGUCAAGCAAGCGCAGGUCGAGUACAAGGACCUCGAAGCGCAGUACCAAGCCAAGAUCCGCCACUUGGAAAUGGAGCUCCACUUGGAUGAAGCGCGUAUUGAAGCGCUUGAAGGGCGACUGGCGGAAACGCUGAGCAGCCGCAGUGUCACACAGUCGUCGCCGAUGCGACGAGGGAGCGGCAGACGUUGAUUGACCUGUUGUUUUGUGCUGGUUACCACUUGAAUAUUAUGAUGUAUCAUCACA